AUGUCCUACCAGCAAAGCCAGCAAGAAUGCCAGGUCCCUGCCAAGUGCCUGCCCAAAUGCCCACCCACGUGCCCCCCUCAGGCCCCUGGGGCUCCCGCUUGCUGCCCCGCGCCGCGCACCGCCCCAGCCCGCUCCUGCCGCCUUCCCACCUGCUGCCUUUCUGGCCUGGGGAACGGCUGCUGCCUAGUGUCUUACCGGCUUCCUCGGUUCUCCCUGCCCCGGCCCCGGCCUUCCCACCGCUGUGAGAUCGGGUCCUCGGGAUGUCCCGGCUGUUGCCACGGCUCCACGGGUGGCCACUGA